GUAAUUUUGUUGUCAAGUCAACUGGCAAAAUUUGUCAUUAUUCUUUGCCGUGAACGUGAAUGUCUUGUGUAUUGUGUUAUUUAUUGUGAAAAAUAAAACUUAGUUAUGGAUUUUCACUAUUAUAAUGGAAGCGAAAAUCCAAAAGCAAAUAAUUGACUACUUUUCGUAUUUCGACGAGUUCCAUACCGCUGUGAAAACAAGUUUGAAAGAUUGCCAAAACUGCGCUGCAUCUAUAAAUAAACUGAUAAAGCGUUGUAAGAACAUAAAAGAGACGGACGUGACGGGGACACCGUUGGAAGAAUUCGAGGGAUUACAAAGCAAGUUGUGUGCUUCAAUACAUAACCUUAUUUCGGAAGACGUUCUUGAGAUCCGAAGUAAAUUAAGCACACUUGAAGAACUGUUAGAUAAAUUGUGCAACAAAAGCAAAACGCUAAGAGACACCUGUAGAGAAACAGAGUUACAAGAAGACUCCAUCCUCGUCAAAGGUACACCACUUCAACCUCCUUUAAAGCAACUCCUUGAGUUUGCAGACGACACCAUAACCUUUGGAAGCCAAGUAGUUGCUCAAAUAAACACAUCCCUAAACAUAUUAUCAUACAAGGAAUUAGACACAGAACCAUUAGGAGACAAUUUUCGGUUCCCCGCCAACUGGCAGAGACGCAUAUCAGAAAUUAUAUCUUACACAUCAUUCUUAUCUGAAAACCAAAUAUAAAAAUGGAUUUACUUGACUCAAUCCUCAAUUCUAUGCAAAAGCCGCCUUCGGCUAGCGAAGCACAGAAAAAUGCUAUGCGGAAACAGAAAGAGGCUAUGGAACACAGGCAGAAAGAGGAAAGGAACAUGAUCAAUAGGUUCAGGACAAGAGUUGAGGAGAAGGUAAGUAACUUUAUCAAAGAUGGUACAAAACCACAUCUGCAAUUUGAACCAAUGGACCAAAUGUACAGAACCAUCAUCAGAGAUGUUUCCGAAAUUGCCGGCUUACAAGUGUUCUCCUUCGGACAAGAAGGUGUUGACCGAUACUCUGUAGUUUACAUGAAAGACAACGGACCCUCAGAAGAUGAGCUCACAGUACGUAGAGCAAACGGAGUCUGGGACGAAGAGAAAGCUGCAGAAAUGGUCCUAGAAAAUGUUGAAAGAAAAAGGCAAGCAGCCUUAGAUUUAGAAGAAGAAAGAAAUAGGAAACGUAAGCGUGGUAAAGAAGAACUAAGAGGUACUUUCUAUAAACAGAAAUAUGCUCACUUGAUUGGGCAAGAGGCUGCAAUAGAUGCUGCUCAAAAGACUAACGUAAACAAGAGUUACGGAGAGGUGCCUAGUGAGAAUAAGAAGGAUCAGCGGUCCAUUGAACAGACUAUGGCUGACAUUAAGGCUAAGAAGAUGAAGAAAGCGGAGACGGAAAAGAGGGAUGCUGAGAGUAGUGAUCAAAUUUAGUGUUUGUUUCAAUUAAACACUAGUUAGAGAGUA